AUGGACCCAUGGAUUCCAUCCGGACGCUUUCGCGUGUAUGCAGCUUCUUUCGGCAUAGUUCUCCUUGGUUUAGGUUCUGCUCUGUGGUAUCUGGGUUGGUCUAGCUUGCCAUGCUUUGGUCUUAGUGCACCUAGCCCCCCCGUGAGAACUACCCCAGGGCGCCAAGGCAAAUGGACCGAACUGGACAUGCCUCAUUUGGAGGUUAUAGAUCCAGCAGUGCAGCCUGUUUCGGCUACCGCAGUGAUGCCUCCACCGGGCGUCCCUCAAGUGCCAGUUGGUGAGCCUCCAGGUUUGUCUAGUGGGGAGCCGAGUAGGGUUAGUCAGCCUGUAGAGAUAGAGCCAUAUAUCCCAGGUACUAGAGUUCGUGUGUUGCACGUUGCGCCGUACGAAGCACUCACUGGGCAGUGCGGAAAGGUCGUUGAGCAUCGAGCCGAUGGUGUGACCAUUUGUUUAGACAGUGGUUUGACUUUGCAGCAAAUGCCUAAACAUGCCGUCUCCACUUUUUUGGGUUCACCCGGUGUCAACGAUACAAUUUCUAGAGACUCAGUGUAUGCACCUUUUAGCCUUUCUAGCCCACCAUCCAAGUUGCAAACCCAGGCAUGCAGAUUGAAGGAUGCAGUCACUAAGGCAGCAGCUUUGUCAGCCACCACGCCUAGUUGGGGCGCGUUGUUUUGGCAGGCAGUCAAGAACGAAAAGGACAUCUAUCAGUUAGAGCCAGAAGUACAGUCUGAACUGAAGAAGUCUUUGCAAGAGCUUGAGACUCUUGGUGGGCCAACUCAUGGUAGUGGAGGAGCAUUCGCACGUGUGGCAGAUGUAGGAACAGGGGGGAACCCAGAACAGAUGGCGUGGCACCUCCGUUUGCCAGCAGAUUUGCAGCGCGCUGCGCCUGAGCUGUAUCGCAACAUUCGUUCAGAAGGAUGCAGCUCAGUGCGGCAAUGGGUCAAUGACCAGCACCCUACGCUGGAGUUGAAGCAGUCAUCUGGGUACCAAGACCUUUUCACGGCUGCCACUAUCGUUGAUUUUGAGCUAGCAGAUUGCAAGAGUGAGGCGGCCAUCAUGCAUCGCCUUGGCACCUCAGACACUUUAGAGAUCCAGUUGAGAAAGCUAGGUGCAUACGUCUACUACAGACGCACCAAGGACCGCACAGGCGCAAACCGCAUGUUGGGUGUGCGUGGGGUCACCGCAGUGCAUGAGCAGGUCACACAUCCUGCCUCUUGUUGCGUGACCGAGACAGAGGCAGAGGAAUUCAAAAGGAGACUCGAUGGUUUUGCUCUCCUACCAUUGCCAACUCCAGAGCGGCCGGAAUGGAAGCGACAUCGCUCAGCUCGUUUGCGCACUCGACAAAAGCAUCGUUUGCAGGUGUGGAGAGUAGCGUGCGGGCUCGUCAAUACCAUCAACGCUCUGAACUAUGGUGAAGUUGACACCAAGCUGACAUCGCCUGAAGCAGCAAGAUUUGGCCGAGUGAAGGCUACGGCUGCCAGGACUCACGUUGUGCAACGCCUCCUCAGUGAGGCAUCUGCAAUAGCGCGGGAACGCCGGAGCUGUGGCUUGACAGGCGUCCAGUCUUCGCGAGCAGUGGCAUCCCUUUUGAAGCAGCCAGUCGAUGAUCUUGGUUAUAUGAACUUCUGCAAAGUAAAACAGGUGCCUCUUGAGGCAGCAAGGCUUGUGGAACCUCCGGACACUAGAGCCAUUGACAUGCUUGCAGCCCUUCCAGCAGAAGACGCUUGUUUUUAUGAGCAUGAAAGCAAUGUCAUUGAUGUAGAAGGCAAGUCCGAGUCCAUGUUCAAAGAGCUAGAAUCUCACUACGGGUUUAUCGGGGGCUCUGAACAGGAGUACCUCAAAUACCUGGAGCGGGAUGAUGUGCAGCACCUUUGGCAAUGGGACCACAUGCGCAACAUAAGAGCUAUUGCUGGCGUGUCCGCCGUUCCAAAGAAAAACCCUGAACAGCAGAGAAAGCUAAUCAUGCAAGUCGCUGCCAACUACAUGAUGGUCGACCCUUCAAGCAGAGCGCACUUGGGCAUGGAUGGCGGGGGAGCUCUGUCACGGUGCUAUGUGCCUUCUGGUAAAUUGGGUGUCUCAAUCUGCGACGAAGAUUCUGCUUUUACUUUUGUUAGGGUGCCAGAGUGGAUGACUAGGUGGCAAGGCGGGCCUCCGGUGCGCGCAGCAAAGGUGUGGCAUUUGUUGCCGCCAGAUCUCAAGAGUGAAAUCACUGAUCCGUUGCUCGAGUUCGUUUCUCCAAGAUACUUGCGGCUUGCAAUGGGAGGUUCUCAUUCUGUUUACAUUUUGAUGAGAAUCAACUUGGAACACAUCGGUAGAGCAUUGUUUCAAUACAUAGGCAGAGUAAACGAUGAGGAAACGACUGUUUUGCACCCAUCUGCUUGCGACAAAAGUAUUGUAGAGGAGUUCUGCAAGGACAUGAUCUCGGACUCAGCUUGGAAACGCAGGCAAGAUAUUCGUAAGCAGGCAGUUGACAAUGUGGCCGCCGGUUUCACGGUGAGCCAGUGGUGUGAUGCGGUAAGAGCCACCAAACGACAGGGGCACAGGGUGUUCGUCUGGAUGCACUUCUUUGCGGGUAGGAGGCAAGAUGGAGAUGUUGAAGAGUUUGCUCAAAAGUUGGCAGAAGCGAAAGGCUUACAGCUGAUGUACAUUUCCAUUGACCUGGCUACAGACCACCGUUGGGAUCUGACCAUCCCAUGCACGUUCCAUGCGCUUUACCAGCUUGUGGAAGAAGGCCUUGUAGAUGGCGUUUUAGGCGAGCCACCGUGCUCAACGGUGGCGAGUUCAAGACAUGUCCCACUGACCAAUGGGCCUAGACCUCUGCGAUUUAGACAUUGCUUUUGGGGGCGAGAGGACUUGAAACUGUGGGAACGAGCCCGUGUGCUGGAAGCAAACUGCCUGUGGCUUAACUACAUGAGUCUUUGCGAAGGCGUAUCCAGUCGAGGAGGUGUCCACCUCUUUGCACAUCCGGCUGACCCAGGUGUUGAUCCAUACCCUUCGCUUUGGCAAACGGCGGAGAUGAUCAACAUGGAACGCAGAACUGGUGCAAUUCGUGUACACCUGCAUCCGUGCCAUUAUGGCGGCCCGGAGGCGAAGUUGACCUGCCUUUCUGGAACGGUGCAUGGUUUGAUUCAGCAUGAUGGUGCGCAGUGCCCCGGGCUGAGUGACACUCACACUCAUGGCCCCCCCGUUGGGCGAACCUUUCCCAGAGCGCUCUGUGAGGCCAUCGCUAAGAUGUUCAUUGACACCUUUGUGCAUUUCGAAGCUACCAACACUGGACCCACAGGAGCACUUCGUCUGACUAAGGACGUGGCAGCCCCUCGAGUUACAGCUUGGAGCACGUGGUGUGAACAACGGCGUCAUGGCGCCGUGCUGCUAAAUGAGGCGACAGUUCGUCGUCAGGCAGUUGUGUUGUCACCUUUGCAGUCAGCAGUGUAUGUGCAUGUGGACGACACUGUACGCUUGUCCGAUGCCAGUCAAGGGCCCAUCUUCUGCGACAAAAUCAUGGACGGCCUAGUGUCUGCCCUGGAGGAAGUCGGUUUUGGAGUUUCCCAGCAAGAGCGAAAUGACUCAGCAACUAAAGUGGUUGGCUACGAGGUCAUCCGCAACCCUGCCGGAUUCAGACUUCCAAUAAAGAAGAUGGUCCUUCUGAUGGAGGCGUUGAAGUUUGUAGCAAGCUGCAAGAUGGUGCGCAUACGUGUGCUCCACGCGCUAGUGGGCGUGUGGGUGUUUGGCGCACUUCUCAGAAGAGAGUUGUUGAGUGUGCCGCAAGCAGUGUUUUCUUUUUUGACUUUCCAUGAGGAAGCAGAGGAGAAAGAGGCAACGUGGUGGCCGUCAGCACGUCGUGAAGUACUAGCCAUGGCCAGGUUGGUGCCACUCAUGACUUGCCGGGUUGGCUCACCCCUCCCUCAGUGGCUCUUUGCCACGGAUGCCAUGGGAGCCAAUGAGCUUGACAGUGGAGGCUAUGGAAUAGUGAUGACAAAGAUCACAGAGCAUGAAGCCUUGGACCUACUUCGCCAGAGCAAUGCAGAAGGGCGAGCGAUUGCCGGUCUCGACAGUAUGCACGGAGCAAAGUUUCCAGGCAGAGCAUUGACACCCACAGUGCCAUUUACUUUGCUGUCAGAGGAGCUUUUUUGCCCUGAACGGUGGGUCUUAGUUGAGUCAGGACGAUGGCGUUUCAGCGAACACAUCACUUUGGGGGAGUCAAGAACCGUUGUGAAGCUUUUGAGAAAAAUAGCAGCGGUGCCAGAGCUUCACGGCUCGUUAGUGCUUUCGUUACAGGACAAUAGGCCUACGGCCUGCAGCAUGACCAAAGGUAGGAGCCCUUCCUUCCCCCUCAACAGAUUGCUCAGACAGAAGGCCGCGGUUUGCUUAGCGGGCAACCUGCGAGUGCUGCUGCCAUGGGUAGAGUCAGGGAAACAACCAGCCGAUGAGAGUUCACGACAAUGUUGA